UUGGCCCCUUCUCACCCCCCGAUACUCUCUCUCUCUCUCUCUCCCCAACUCCCCGUCACCCACAAAAUCUAAAUCUCUUUUCUCUAUACUACUGGAUUACAGAUAAAAACUAAAAAGAAAGAAAGAAAAAAAAUCUUUCCCUCUCAGACUUCAGUACUCCAACAGAAAGUACAGACACCCUCAACAUUUUACUCCCAUAUAUAGUAUCAUUACUCUCCCUCACAAGGUUCACACACACACGCACAACACUCUCUCUCUCUGAACUUCAAUCUAAUCUAGCAAGCUCACCGGCCCAAUGAUAAUGGUGGGGCACCGACCCCGACCGUCACCACCUCACGAAGCCAUGCAGCAAAAGAAAGCAGAAGAUACAGAUCAGAAAAGGCCCAAGUUCUUCAUCAACGAUCACGUAGACAUCCUAAUAGAAAUCCUCAAGCACCUCGACGGACCUUCCCUCUGCGUCGCCUCCUGCGUCUGCCGCCUCUGGUGCACCAUUGCACGCAACGACUCCCUCUGGGAGCACCUCUGCUUUCGCCACGUUUCCUCUCCUGCCCCCUCCACCGUACGACCGGUCGUCGUGGCUCUCGGAGGCUACAAGAGGCUAUACAUGGUCUGCGUCCGGCCAGUCCUGAGCCGACUCGGCCACUCGGACAGGGUCAGGCGGCGUGUCUGGACACGCGAGGUGGUGCAGCUCUCCCUCUCUUUAUUUUGCGUGGAUUACUACGAGAGGAGACUGGGGGAUGCCUCCGCUUCGUCGCUCAUGUUCCUCUGCAAGCCCGUGAACGUCUGAUUUCGCUCUGUUCUCCGAAGUAUGGAAGGAAUAAUGGCAGCUUCCUCUUUCUUCGGUACUAUUACCAUGCAGUCGAUCAAUCCAAAAAGAUAUUAUAAAAUAUAAUUAUUUCUGUUAAAUACCAUUUUAAAAUAUUCGUUACAUUCGUUAUUGUAUUGCUUUUAUUAAUUUUUAUGAUCAUCCAAUUUUUUUUUUUUUUAGCUGUAAGUUUGUUUGGAAUCGAAAAAUAAUUUAUCUUGAGAUGUAUGUAAUAAAUGGAUAUGGACAUGACAGUACUGGAAGAUUUGGAAACUUUAGUUUAAUUGGGCGGCCAGGGCCAACCUUGCUUUGAUAGCGAGGGUUCAGAGUGGUGGCAAUACUACUGCUGGGGCGGGGUUAAAAUUCUCUUGCCUUUUUGUCUCUAUAUAUUCUAGAAAAUAUCUUCUUCUU